AUGAGAAAAAUUGCAAGUUUGGUUCAAAAGCACACCAGUGCUGCCUAUGGAGUGUUGGGCAGACAAAAUUCCGUCAUCAAGAGAUUCAAUUCUGCAGCAUCGUCAUCGGGUCAUGGAGAGAAACGUACAUUCCCAAAAGUUUCAAACAUUCAAGACAAGAGAAAUCUUCAAUAUUUUUAUCUCAUCAGCUCUAUUGUCGUUGGUGUUUAUUUGAUGGAGAGAAUGAUCGGUACUAAAACACCAAAACCAUUGCUCAAAGAUGGCUACCAACAAUAG